CGCCGCCGCCGCCCGCGUCCGCGGAGCCGGAGGAGGCGGAGCUGGCUUGUCCCGGCUCCAGAGCGGAGCGGCAGCCGAGGAGGCGGUGCGGCGAGUCAGGGCGGCCGAGGCUCGGGCGCAGAGGCCUGAGAGGCUGGCAGGAGACGGUGGUAGCGCGGGGAGAGCGGCGCCACGGGCUGGGCGCUCCAGGCGUGAGGCGUGCGCUCCAUGCGUGCGGGCCGAGCGCGGCCCCUGCGAGCCUCCGACAUGAAGAAAGACGUGCGGAUCCUGCUAGUGGGAGAACCUAGAGUUGGGAAGACAUCACUGAUUAUGUCUCUGGUCAGUGAAGAAUUUCCAGAAGAGGUUCCUCCUCGGGCAGAAGAAAUCACCAUUCCAGCUGAUGUCACCCCUGAGAGAGUUCCAACACACAUUGUUGAUUACUCAGAAGCAGAACAGAGUGAUGAACAACUUCAUCAGGAAAUAUCACAGGCUAAUGUCAUCUGCAUAGUUUAUGCUGUUAACAACAAACAUUCUAUUGAUAAGGUAACAAGCCGAUGGAUUCCGCUCAUAAAUGAAAGAACAGACAAAGACAGCAGGCUGCCUUUGAUAUUAGUUGGGAACAAAUCUGAUUUGGUGGAAUAUAGUAGUAUGGAGACCAUCCUUCCUAUUAUGAACCAAUAUACAGAAAUAGAAACCUGUGUGGAGUGUUCAGCAAAAAACCUGAAGAAUAUAUCAGAGCUGUUUUAUUAUGCACAGAAAGCUGUUCUUCAUCCUACAGGGCCUCUGUACUGCCCAGAGGAGAAAGAGAUGAAACCAGCUUGUAUAAAAGCCCUCACUCGUAUAUUUAAAAUAUCUGAUCAAGAUAAUGAUGGCACUCUGAAUGAUGCUGAACUCAACUUCUUUCAGAGAAUUUGUUUCAACACUCCUUUAGCUCCUCAAGCUCUGGAAGAUGUCAAGAAUGUGGUUAGAAAACACUUAAGUGACGGUGUGGCUGACAGUGGGUUGACGCUGAGAGGUUUUCUCUUUUUACAUACACUUUUUAUCCAGAGGGGGAGGCAUGAGACUACUUGGACUGUACUUCGACGAUUUGGUUAUGAUGAUGAUCUGGAUCUGACGCCUGAGUAUUUAUUCCCCCUGCUAAAAAUACCUCCUGAUUGUACUACUGAAUUAAAUCAUCAUGCAUAUUUGUUUCUCCAAAGCACCUUUGACAAACAUGAUUUGGACAGAGACUGUGCUUUGUCACCUGAUGAACUUAAAGAUUUAUUCAAAGUUUUUCCUUACAUACCUUGGGGACCAGAUGUAAAUAACACAGUCUGCACAAAUGAAAGAGGCUGGAUAACCUACCAGGGAUUCCUCUCCCAGUGGACGCUCACAACCUACUUAGAUGUACAGCGUUGCCUGGAGUAUUUGGGCUAUCUAGGCUAUUCCAUACUGACGGAACAAGAGUCUCAAGCUUCAGCCAUUACAGUAACAAGAGAUAAAAAGAUUGACCUGCAGAAAAAACAGACUCAGAGAAAUGUGUUCAGAUGUAAUGUAAUUGGAGUGAAAGGCUGUGGGAAAAGCGGAGUUCUUCAGGCUCUCCUUGGAAGAAACCUAAUGAGACAGAAGAAAAUUCGUGAUGAUCAUAAGUCCUAUUAUGCAAUUAACACUGUCUAUGUAUAUGGACAAGAGAAAUAUUUGUUGCUGCACGAUAUCUCCGAGUCGGAAUUUCUAACUGAGACUGAGGUCAUUUGUGAUGUUGUAUGCCUGGUGUAUGAUGUCACUAAUCCCAGAUCCUUUGAAUACUGUGCCAGGAUUUUUAAGCAACAUUUUAUGGACAGCAGAAUUCCCUGCUUAAUUGUAGCUGCAAAGUCAGAUCUGCAUGAAGUUAAACAAGAACAUAGUAUCUCACCCACUGAUUUCUGCAGGAAACACAAAAUGCCUCCACCUCAAGCCUUCACUUGCAACACUGCUGAUGCACCCAGUAAGGAUAUCUUUGUUAAAUUGACAACAAUGGCCAUGUACCCAGAGGAUCAUUACAGAGGCAGCCUCUCCCGAGACAUGGGCAGCACUGAUAGAAUAGAGAAUUUGAGAAAAAUCUGGGUCUUUCUAAAAACUGCUUUCCAUGCCCGGUUACGCUGUAUGUGCACCUGCAACAGGUGUACAUUUUGCAUCUGUCAGAACUUCCUCAACUCAGACUUGCUGCAAUCUGUAAAGAACAAAAUCUUCACUGCAGUUCUUAACAGCCACAUCUAUAUCCUGGCUAGACUCUGGCUGGAUCAAAUAAUCAUGGUAUAUUGUUACCACCAACAUAGUAGCUGGGCCUGUGAAAUGCUGACUGUUCUCCUGGAGUUGGAAGCUAGUUUUGAAGGCAUUCUGUAAGUGUUUCAGUGAAGCUUUGAGCACUAGCAGCUCCAAAAUAAGAAUGUAGCCCCUGAAGGCUCUGCUUUGAAGGGAUUAAUUACCUUGCUCUGCCUCUGUCCUUUGAGAGCAUCUUGUAAUGGAGUAACCAGACUCCACCAUGGUGACAGACAAAAAUGCAAGGCUAGUUCAAACCAAACAAACCUAGGAGCUCUGGUGUUGGGAAUCUUAAGAGUUGGAAGAUUCUGGAAUGCAUCUGACUAAUCCCAUGAGAAUGCUUUCCUGCAUGCCUUCCUGAGAGGUAGCUAUUUGCUUAUGGCUUUCUUUUUCGGAGAAAGACUUUGCUUUUGCUUUGAAUUUUUUAGCUAAAAUAUUUUUCUUGUAGCUUUCUCUCUGUUAGUUAAGUUCUGCCCUUUUGAACACCAUACAAUCACUCUCCCUCAUCAACUAGCAAUCCUUCAGAUACUCGAGUAUGACCAUCAUGUCUCCCUUGUUUUCUCUUCUCCAGGUAGAACACCCCAUUUUCUUUUAGCUUUCACUUAAAUUAGGUGCUUUCAGUGACCUCAUCAUUCCUGAUUGUCAUCAGCAGGUGCCAACAAGAGUGGCUGACAAUGCUCCAGGUGUUGUCUGACUGGCCCAGAACUGAGAGCAGCCAUGUUCUGCACAUGUUCAGCACCUGACUAGUGUGUGACUAAAGUUUUUAUCAGCCCAUCCCACUGUUGACAUAUAUUAUUAACUUGGGGUUAAUUGAAAUUGGAUCUUUUCUUCACAUGAAGUACUAUUAAGGCAAAUGUCCCUUCCUCUCUAAUGGUGUUUUUAGUAUUUUAGUUGACAUUUUAAAUGUAAACGUAGGUACAUAUAUCUCUUUACUAAACGUUUUUAAUCCAUUUGUUCUAGCUCAGUCAUUCAAACAUUAUUUUUAUAAUUUGUCCAUUAUAUAACUACCAUUUUGUUAUUUGUGAAUUGCAUAGAUUAGAUGUGUUUUAGUUUUUAAGUUACUGAUAAAUAAUAUUGACUACUCAGAGAUUGAAAAGAGAGAGAAGUGAACUAGCCAUAACGAACUCUGUCAAUGAUAGAUGUAAAUAAAAUUCAACUAGUGAAAAAAAUAUUCUUGAGCCAUGUGUGGGGGCAUACACCUGUAAUCUGUUUCUCUUUAUCUAUGUUUUGCCUUGGAGCUUUUUCCCUUUCUUUCUGUAUAUCUUACUUUCCUGCUGUCUCCAUGGCUGACUGGCUGGCUGGUGGCUGCCUGGCUUCUGGCCUCAGGCAUGUCCCUCUCUUUCUCCAUCAUUCUCCUUCUUCUCUCUCUAAAUUCCUCCUGCUUAUUCUCUCUGCCUGCUAGCCCCACCUAUCCCUCCUCUGCCUAGCUAUUGGCCAGUCAGUGUUUUAUUAGACCAAUCAGGUGCCUUAGGCAGGCAAGGUCAAACAAAUGCAACACUUGUUUACAUAAUUAAACAGAUGCAACACAAACAAAUGUAACACACCUUCACAUCUAAUGUGAGAAAUCCAGAGUCUAUUUAACGAGCAAAGGAAUUUAUUAGAGGCCAACUCAUUACAGCACAGAAGAUUUAUCAUAGGGUCCAGGAAAGCCAAGCUAUGUCCCACGCUGAUCUUCCUGGUCCAAGAUCUACCUGGUCAGUCUCAGCAUCCAAACCAUGAGGGAGUGAAGAGAGCGCCUUGUAUGUGCAUCCCAGGUCUUAAGGGUCCCCGAGAGUCUACACCCCAGGGGCAUGUACUUCAAGGUCAUAGGCAGAUGUAACAGUUACUUGCUGCCUCACUAGGGGGCAGUGCUUCAAGGUCAUAGCUAGAACAGCUACCCACCACACACAUAGUUAAAAGUAAUAUUCCUCAGCAUAAACAAAUGUAACACAUCUUUGCCUAGUUAAAAUAAUAUUCCACAACAGUGGCAUACACCUGCAAUCCCAGUACUCAGGAAGCUGAGGCAGGAGGAUCUCCAGUUUAAGGCCAGCCUAGUUUACACAGUAAGUUUGAGGCCUGACUAAAUUCCAUUGUGAGAACCUAGCUCCAAAGAAUCAAAAUAAAAUACUUAUUCUUACCUACUAUACAUUGUAUAUUGUAUUAUCUAGUAUACAUUGCAUAUUAUUACCUAUUAUAAAUAGUAUAUUACCUAGUAUACAUUGUGUGUUACCUAGUAUACAUUGCAUAUUGCUACCUAGUAUACAUUUUAUGUUGUUACCUAGUAUACACAUUAUUAUCUAGUAUACAUUGUAUAUUAUUACUUAGUAUACAUUGUAUCUUCUUAUCUAUCAGGAGUUUGAGGGAAGGUUUUUCUGAAAUCUCUGUAUAAUUUUCAUCACAUUCUCCUGACUUACCAAUGGAUUGUUUUAUCUACUAAAUAGGAAGUGACAUCUGUUUAAUAUCUUAUUCUUGGUGAACCCACCUUGGCUUACAUUAAUUACUGAUUAUAAACCACCUAUUCAUUAUCUAUUCUAGAAGCUCUUAAUUGCUAUCAUAGCAGACUGAUUCAGUUUCUGUGUCAUUGGUGACAAUUUUCCCCAUAGAUUGAUUCAGUUUCCAGGUGAGAUAGUUUGGAGAUGCUUUAAAUUGAUGUACUUGCUCUACACUGCGAUCCUCAAACAAGUAAUUUAAUAAUGGUGUCAGCACUCAUCACUGACAUCUGGUAAUCAAGAACGGAAAGAGGAGGAAAACAAUGUAUGUUUCAGAGCACUCUGUUCUUAUCUCAGUUGCUGCUUUGCCAUGUAUUGGGUAGAAGUGCAAUGAACUUCAGGGGUUCUGUACUAAAUUUCUUCAAGUGGUGUAGGAAAGCAGUGUUGGUGGGUUGAAGUCAAAACUCAGUUCCCUAAGGAUCUAGAAUUCUAGGUGAGUGAUGUGAAAGUGUGAGGAGAGAUGGUGGCUGAGACAGGUCUGUCUAUAACAAGCAGUUACUAUUCAGCUGUAUCCCUGUGCCAUGUAGCUCUGGUGUUGGCUGGCUUUCUGACUCUACAAAAGAUUAAGAAUCAACAUUUUUAUGUGACAUGCACUUGGUAUGGGGGCCUAUGUCUCUAAUCUCAACACUAGGGAGGCUGAGGCAGAAGAAUUACUAUGGGAUUGAGGCCAACUUGAGUUACAGAAUGAGUUCUAAAUCAGUCUGGGCUAAAACAAAGUCAGAGGAUUAUGGCGCAUGCCUUUGAUCCCAGAACUUGGGAGGCGGAGGCAGAGGCAGGCGGAUCUCUGUGAGUUUAAGGCCAUCCUGGUCUACAGAGCAAGUUCCAGGACAGCCAGGUGAGGUUUGGUUUUUUUUUUAAGAUUUACUUAUCUUAUUUUUUGUAUAUGAGACUUUUGCCUGCAUGUGUGUAUGUACACCACCAUGUACAUCCUUGAUGCCUGAGAAGGCCAGAAGAGGGUGUCAUCCUCUAGAACUGCAGUUACAGAUGGUUGUAAGCCCCCAUGUGGGUGCUGGGACUUGAACUCAGAUCCUCUGGAAGAGCAGCCUAUGUUUUUACCUGCUGAGCCAUUCCUCCAGCUCCUAUAGUUAAAUUUAAGAUUGCUCAAGAACUUGUGUUACAGAUCUCAGUCAGCUGCUGAUAAUUAGGAUUUCAGAUUAUUUUCCAUCUGGUUCGUAUAUUAAAGAACAUGACAAGGUAGAGUUUUCCUGGUUUGCUCUUCUUUUUUUUACACAUUUGCUGUGUAUAUAAAUCAUCUAUAAACUUGAGUUCUUACUGCUUGGGGAUGCAUUUCUUGACACUGGUGCAUAUCUACACUCUUUUCCAAAGUAUGUCACUAUUAGGCAUGCUCAGUUAACAGCUUGCUGGUGAUUUCUGUCCCAGUUCAUCUCUACUGGGUGCUUGCUGUGCACUGAUUUCUUAAUCUCUCCUGAGAAACUUCUUGUUAAAUAUUUCAUGCCUUCUAACUCCGUUAGGAGAAUUGUACUAGCAGGGCUAGGAUUGUAGGUCAAUGUGAGAGUGCUUGCCUCACAUGUAUGAGGCCAGGCUUUGAUCCCUGGCACUACAGACACACACACACACACACACACACACACACACACACACACACACACACACUGAAAUCAGAAUAACAAACUGGUAGCAGUAAUGGCAUUAUUAUUAUGUAAAUGUAGGAAAUACCAGGUAAAAACACUUGGAGAAUUGAAACAAGAAGGUCCAGAAACGUUUUUUUUUGUUUGUGUGUGUGUUUGUGUGUGUGUGUGUGUGUUUAGAGUAUUUAGAAACAGAACUUGAUUGUAGUUUGAUAGCCUUGGUGUAGUUUUCAACUUGAAAUAUGUAAUUAGGAAAAGGGAAAGGCUGUAUAUAAUACUUGUGUGUCCUAAGAACUCAAAGAAUUCAUGCAUUACAGUUAUCUAAGAGUAUUUUCUUUUUUUAUUUAAUUUUAUUUUGUUUUUUAAUGCCGAAUGCCGUUUAUUGAAGGAGGGAGGAGGUCUUAAAUACAGGCUUACAGCACAAUGGGAGAAACUGAUGUUUUACAAUCUUGCAUCUAAGCUGUUAACACCCAUUAUGCAGGAUACACAGACAAGGAACUUCCCUUAAGCAUUCAGGAGGGUGGAACCCAGGAGGGAAUUAGCAUAGGGAGGAUAUCAAGGUCAAGGUCAGCAAGCAAGGCAACAGUUACCCAAAACAGGGGCCAGGGCCCUACAGAUCCCCCUUUUACUAAUAAAUGAGUUUCUGACUUAGGUUGCGUGGGAUGUCAGCAGGUCACCUUACCCGUCAUGGAGACACCUGCCCAGGCCACACAGACGAAGAGUAUUUUCUUAAAAGUUCAUCCCUGAGAUACACAAGUAGAGUUGUAAAAUUAGAAUUAUCACUUAUAUUAGUGCAUUUGUUUCCUAUGAGUUAUAGUUAGAAAGGAUCAAUGGAAAGAUGAAAGGAAUGAAAAUUAAAACUUCAGAUUCCUUUCUAAGAAGUUAUAGGAGAAUAUUAAUUAAUGUAAUACUGAAAGUAUAACAAAUGGACUGGAGAGCCAGCUCAGUGGUUAAAAGCAAUUGUUGCUCUUGAGGAGGACCCAGGUUUGAUUCUCAAUACCCACAUGAUGGUUCACAACCAUCUGUAACUCCAAUUCCAGAGGAUCCUAUAUACUGAUACCCUCCUUCUCACCUCCAAGGGCAAUAAGCAUGCACAUAAUACACAUAUAUACAUAUAGGCAAAACAAAAUUUUUUUUAAAAAAAUUAUUUGUUAUGUAUACAGUAUUCUUCCUGCAUGUAUUCCCAAUGCCAGAAGAGGGCACGAGAUCUCAUUAUAGAUGGCUGUGAGCCACCAUGUGAUUGCUGGGACUUGAACUCAGAACCUUUGGAAGAGGAGCCAGUGCUCUUAACCUCUGAGUCAUCUUUCCAGCCCCCAGAAAAACACAUUUUAAAAAAUCUAAAAAAUAUAGCUGGCCAGUGGUGGUACACACCUUUAAUCCUAGCACUUAGGAGGCAGAGACAGAGGCAGGCAGAUCUCUUGAGUUCGAGGUCAGCCUGGUCUACAGAGUGAGUUCCAGGACUGCCAGGGCUACACAAAGAAACAGUCCCAAAAAAACAAAACAAAACAGUCUAAUAAAUUGUUUAAAAAUACAACAAACAUAACAAAAAGGAAUCUGGCUGUGGUUGGCACACACUCAAAAUCCCAGAACUCAGGAAACUGGGGCAGAAUUAGACCUUGUCUCAAAUACAAAGGGCCAGCAAGAUGGCCCAGUGGGUAAAGGCACUCGCCACUUAAGCAUGACAAUCUGAGUUCAAUUCCUGGGAUCUACCAAAUAGAAGAAGAGAGCUGACCCCCUUAAGUUGGCCUCUGACCUCCACAUGUGUGCCGAGGCCCUGCCUGUCCCAGUCCCUACCCCCACAAGUAAUAAAAUUUGAAAAUGACAGAGUCACAGGGAGCUUUGUAAAGUACAUAUUCAUUUAAGGACUGCUCAUGAGAAGUCAUUCUGACAGAACUAAUUGGACACGGCUAACUUUAAUGCUAAUCCCUUCCUCUCUAUACCUGUAUAUUGAAGACUAGAGGAGAAAAUUCCAAAACCAAAGCAAACUGUCUGGACACAGAGGCUCCUGCCUGUAAUUCCAGCCCUGGGAGGCAGAGGUGGAGGACAGGCUUAAGGCCAGCCUCAGCAACGUCACAAAUCCCUGCCUGGAAAUAAAAAAGUAGACUUGGGGAUGUAGCUCAGUGAUGGAGUGUGCAAGGCCCUAGGUUAUUCCUUAGUAUUACCCACAAAAUAGACACUCCAAGUUGAAACAAAAGCUCUGAUACACUUUCAGCCUGUGCUAUUUGUCAGUGUUCUCAACCUUCCUAAUGCUGCAACCCUUUAAUACAGUUCCUCCUGUGGUGAGCCCCCCCAACCACAAAUUUAUUCUCGUUGCUACUUCAUAACUGGAAUUUUGCUACUGUUAUGAAUCGUAACAUAAAAUAUCUGUUUCAUGAUAGUCUUAGGCGAUCCUGUGAAAGGCUCAUUGAACACACCUCCCUCCAAGGGAUUGAGACCCACAGGUUGAGAGUCACUGCUUUAAAUCAUCUCUUUCCUUAUUGGAAAUACAAAUUCUGUUCAUCUCAGUAUGGAUCCUUGAUGAUCUAACAGUUUGGAAUGUUGGAGUCAUUUUUUUUUCAUGGAUAGUACUUUUACUUUUCAACAUUCUGAAAUUCUAAGCAUAUAAACUUCAUGACUAGUAAUUGUUAACAUCAGUUGAGUGACUUAUGGUGGUUAUCAUAUGUUGUCAGGCAAUGCUUAUGGUAGUGGUUUGAAGGAUUUUUCUCAGUGUCUCAUAUACUAAGACCAGCCUCCUAGGGAUAUGUAGGGGAUGCAUGUAGCAGCUUCAGGUUUCCUUGCUCAGAGUAUGAAUGUUUUAAGAGUACAUAGAGUGUUUUUAACUCAGCAAUUAUCUAUGUAAUGCAUAUAUUUUAAAUAUAGAAAGCAUAAGAUUCAAUCUUAUAGAAAAGCAACCCAAAAUACAUAUAGGAUGUUUACUUGAGAGAUGUUAUUUUAAGUCCCGUUCUUUCGUGAGCCCUGCACUGCCAACCGUGUGCAUGUGUGUGAAAGGUUAAAAGCCCGUGUAGCUGAGUGGGGUGCCAUGCUGUUAGCAGACGACGAAGGCAGUGUUACUCACCAGGUGCACGCCGUCAGCUCUGUAGAAGAUUCCAUCUUCAUGGAGUCAUCUCAUGGUCAGCUUUUUCUUGAUGACAGGUAACAUUUCCACCACCAGUGGGUUGCCUUGUUGGAAUCUUCCCAGCUAGAAAAACCUGAGAUCUAAAUAUUCUCUUCCUAACCUUUUAGAAAAUACAACAUUGCCCGUUGUAAGAACUAACUUGCAGUGUAGAGUAAACCUGUGAUAUCACUUUGCUUUGUCAAACAUAACUGAGAGGAGACUUGUGGUGGGGGUGCAGUGUGGAGCGCAUGUGUUGUUUGGCUGUGGGGAGAAGCAUGGGGCACUGGCUUGUGAUGCAGUGGUUUCUCCAUGAACGGAUUGCGUUUUGUGAGAGCUAAUCCAGACAUUCCGUAGCUGUGACCAAGGCAAAGUCAUUGUGUACAGUUUGAACUCUCGGCUCUUAACUUCUUUGCGUAUGACAGCAUCUUGGUCUUUUUGCUUCAAAUCUGCCUAAUUGUAAAGUAACCAAGACUGUCUCACUAAGCUCUUAAUUCUGGAAGUUUUUACAUCACCUCAAUUGUGUGCACUUAACUAAGAGCCCAGCCUAAUUCUCUUCAUUGACACUUAAUAAAAUGAUCCAACCGUUGUUUUAAGCUUUUUCUUCUUCAUGGUAAGCUGUCAUACUUGAGACACCUGACGGUGCUUAGCAGUAUUAUUAACUGAGCAUGCUCACAAACUCAGUUUGUGGUGUUAGGCUGUCCCUGUUCUUGUUGUGUAUAAUACAGCUUCAUUUGUGUCAUUGCCUUUAAUGCAUCCUGUCUCAUCGUGCCCUUUAUUUGGCGUCAUUAUCACUGCCUGUUUAACUAACAUCAAGGUUUGCUGGUUUUAGUUUUAGGUUUUUGUCUCUUCAAUUAGCAGUAACCAAACUAAUGCAAGCUGGCCAGUCUUCCCUUCCUCUUUGGGAGGAAUUUUUUAGAGGGGGUGAAUUUUAUAAGUCUCAAGUUUUUCACCUAUUAAGCACUGCUCUUGAGACAGUAUUAUUGUCACUUGUCAAUUAACUGCUUACAAGAUAGUUUUUGAUUCCUGAGGGUAGAAGAUUUUAUCUUACUCACAUUUUGUGAAUAAGACUCUCAGAAUUGUGAGACUCCAGCCUAAUUCUCAUUUUGAAGGACUGUGGUGACAUUAAAAUGUAUUCAGCUGAUUCUUCUAACUUUAUUUCCCAUGUGACAAAACUGAUAAAAUUUUAGAGGUCAGUUUCCAAGUAGUAGCUAAUUGUAAAGACAUUUGUCUUUACUGAUGUCUGUGUUGUGUAUAGCCAUAUUUAUAAAUGUUUUGGGUAAACAUUACUGUAUGCAAUUAGCCUGACAAGUGUUCUAAUACUUCCCCCAGAUAGACUGUUAGAUGACUGCUGUAAAAUUUUCCUACUACUAAUGUUUUAAAUAUUAAUCUGUUUUCUGA